AUGUCGGAUCAACAUGGCCGAGAUUGGACGGAGGAGGAGAAGUAUGCUCUGCUCACUGUGAUAUUGAGAAAUUCCGGCGUUCCUUCAACGUCCUUGUUUGGUAUCUUUCGUCAGUUCAAUGUUUCACCACCAUGGCCUGAUAUGCCAUUGCCGCCAGGUCGCUCCCUAAAUGAAUGUCGCCAGCAAUUCGAGUCAAUGUGGCAGACCCAUCAGUCGCAGCCGUCGUACCGUCAGCCAGAACCAUGGCAAGGCCCACUUCCACCAGCUGCAUUCCCAGCUAUGAAUCCAGGCCCAGCGCAUGCGCCUCCUCACCAGGCGCCUCAUGAUGCGUUCGGAUCACGAAAAAGGCCAUUCUAUCCACCGGAGAGGCCCCCGGCAUUUCCACGCGCAAUCCAGCCUCGGCCCCCACUCAGUGGUGGUCAGUUCAGCAGUGAAAGUGGCUCGCCAGCCCCGACAUCUCCAGGUUGGGUAGAAGGUGCUGCAGGAAAGAGUGCAGAGCCUCCUCGAAAACGAGGUCGACCAAGCAAAGCGGAAUCCGAACGACGGAAAGCAGAGGCAGAAGCUCGAGGCGAGACUUACCCUGCGCCUCGACGUAGGACAUCGAUGGGCAAGUUGCCAGCUACACCUUCAGGCGCAGCUAGCGCCACGAGUGACAGUUCAAUGGUUUCACCAAUGCAGACAGCACAGACACCGGAAAUGCCAAAGCAAGAUAAAGGACCGGAGGCUCCCGUAUCGACAGGUCAAGCCACUCGUGCAAGCCCACUUACUUCAGAAGUACCAGAUACGGAUCCAGUACGAGGGAUAAUCAGGUCACAAGCGAAUCAAGACCGAAGGCUUCCACUACCCCAUGAAUUUGGUGCUCGAACAUCACCUCCCGAGUCUAUCUACUCUCAUACUAGAGCUAUGGAGCAUCCAUAUCAUGGCCUGUCCACAUCCCGACCGGAGGAAAACACAACACAACCGACGACUGCUCGUCAAAUCAUUCAACAUUCGGAAGCACCUACUUCUGGGGGAGGAUACUUGCCGGCUAUAUCUCAUUCAGCAGGAGCGACGACUUGA